AUGUAUGUCUACAACGCCCUGCAAAUCAAGCCUGAACUUGAUCAAUAUCGAACACAUAGAUGGCGUCCACUGAGAGAGCUACUCGUCAAUAUAAGAGCAAUUGAAAAUUGCACAUUUGAUAAAGCCGAAGAUAGAGAAAAAGCCAGACGUCAACUAGAUGCUGUUUAUAUCAAUGGCGUAUCCGCACCUGCUUUUGAUGUCAAUUUAAGAUUCCCACCUCGCAAAGCCAUGGUCAACAUCACUCUGGAGCUUUAUGCAGCUAUAGCCAACAGCAUCUAUGGGCUCCUUCAGCAUGGCGAUGUUUCUAAUCCUCAACGCUGUGCACAUCUGGCUCCACAUUUCUAUGUUCUCAUCCGAGAAUUCAAACGUCUUUUAGAGCUUAGAGUUGGUGUCUAUACAAGAGAGAGAUUUGAAAGUGAGUUCCAUCUAGAAUGGAGAGAGUAA